CAGAAAUCUCUGCCAACGCCAUUUGAGGUAUUUGCAGUAUUGACAAGCAGAACGCGCGAUGCCUCCGGACACGAACAGUCCCACGCCCAUCGAUCCGCAGCUUACGGGAGACACCUCGAGGCUGACUGCUCAGCCUUUGACCGUGCUACCGACAAGAACGCAGCAUGAUGACGGCGAGGCUGAUGACGAUGAUGAGACUGAGCAGAGGAAUCUGGGGAGUGAGAAGAGACAGAAGUUGAACUUGUGGAAGUGUAAGCAGUGUCGGGAAGCGAGGAAAAAGUGCUUCCCGGCAGACCGUGUCUGGCCACAAAAAUGCGAACGUUGCCUUGCCCACCGGCCUGAACCCCUUGACUGUUCCGAGCCGGAGUUAAAUACUCGGAAAAGGGGCCCGAAUCUAAAAGACAAAGCACGAGACAAGCAAAAGGAAAAACCAAAAGAUAAAUCCCCAAGACCACCGAAACGCAUACCGACUGUGUCGACUUCGGAGCCUCGAAGUCGGGAUAGUACUGAUGAGGAGGAGGGUGGCGCCUCAACGGAUGAUGCGACAACGUAUGAAAGGCCGCAGCGCACCGAAGUAGUAUCAAAAGGGGUUAAGAGAGAAUAUCUUGGAGAUCCUGUCCCCGAGUUACCAAAAAUGGUGAUCAAUGACGAGAACUACCGUCCAACCUCGGUCUACCAGCCUUUAGCAGAAGGCGAAUUUCGAAUCUUAAAGCUCGCUCCCGGCAAAAAGGACGACAAAAUCAUCUCCUGCUCCUUCGUCACAGCGUCUGUGGAUCGACCCAUGAAGUACGAGGCCAUCUCGUAUCUCUGGGGAGCAGCGGGCCAAAGAUCAAUGGAGAUUCAUCUGACCGAUCCCCAAGGCAAAUCACAUCCCAUAUUCAUCAGGAGUCAUCUCUACGAAGCACUGAAAUUCCUGCGCCACCCUUCAAAAUUCAGGUAUUUCUGGGUCGAUGCACUCUGCAUUAACCACGGCAGUAGCGACAAAGUAGAGAAGAACAAGCAGAUUGCAAUGAAGCGAUUUGUCUUCCGUAGCGCGGAGAAUCUCUGCUUCUGGCUUGGUGAAGACGAGAACUCGAAAACGGCGCUUAGGUUCAUUCCACGAAUCCUUGAUCUUGUUGGUAUUGACAGUCUCGUCCGCGACGAGUCUACCGUUGAUGACUGGUUAGCUUUCGUAACGUUGCUCAAGAACCCCGUUUUCAGUCGUCUCUGGUUGGUCCAAGAAGUUGCAGUUGCACAGAAUGUCACUUUGCAUAGCGGCCAGCCUGCAAUACACUAUGGAGACCUAGUAGAUGCCGUCGCAAUAUUCAGAUCUUUUCGAAACCAAAUUUCGCUCAUGUUCCGUAAUAAGGGGAAGAAUGCCAAAGAGCUGUCAGCCCGAAAAGUCAUAAUGGCGGAACGCUUCAUCGAAGUCUCCGCGAACUCUUUACGCAUCACCACAACCCCAAACAAAGAGCAGAAAACACAUCGUCUUCUCAGUCUUGAAGCAUUGGUAUCACAUCUGACUAGCCUCGACUCAACCAACCCCCUCGAUAGGAUUUACUCCGUGCUCGCCAUCGCCAAGGAUGGCCCAAGACUGGACGAGAAAACACUGAUGCCGAUCUCUCGGCAAGACGACGACGCACUUCGGAUAGACUAUGAAGCGGACUUCGUAGACGUGUACCAAAAUUUUGUGAUCCGAGCCAUUCAAUCGUCUCAUUCCCUCGACAUAAUAUGCAGAUAUUGGGCGGGAGCGGUCGAGAACCUGCCUUCCUGGGUCCGGCCCAAACAGCUCCUGCAGCCAGCAUUGGAUGGCAAUGUUUCCGAGCGUACGGAGGCGGAUAGUCUCGUCGGGCUGCCAGAUCACAAUGACUACCACGCAUCGCGAGGAACUGUGGCUACUUUUCGGGUCAAAGCUCAAGCUUCCUUCGCCAACGACAAAAGUAAAUUACUCUGCGUGCGCGGCAUGCGAGUCGAUACUAUUGCCAAGCUCGGGCCACGAGCCUCAGAAGGAAUCAUCCUUUAUGAAUGGCUGGCGCUAGCUGGCUGCGUUAGUCAAGGACUCCAGUUUAAUGUCCCAGAGGAAUUCUGGCGUACACUCGUUGCAGAUCGCGGUCCUAAUGGAACGAUGGCACCGUCUUGGUAUGCUCGCGCCUUCAGAUACUGCCUACAACAUCUUACUGCUACCGGGGACAUCAACACGAACCGACUAAUUUCAUUACAAGAGGAUGAGUCUUCCCUGGGCGUCAGUUUCUUGAACCGAGUUCAGAGCGUUAUCUGGAAUCGUAAAUUUCUCGUCAGCAAGGAAAAUGGGUGGUUUGGAUUGGGGCCUAUGGCAACAGUGGAAACAGAUAUCAUUUGUGUUCUUUAUGGAUGUAGUGUUCCUGUUAUCCUUCGACCGAUGGAGACAGAGGAUGGGGAACAAUACUUCCUGCUAGUCGGGGAAUGUUAUGUGCAUGGCAUAAUGGAUGGGGAAAUUAUAGAAACUGCCGGCAAGUAUGGGGAAGAGGAAUUCGAUCUGAGAUAAACAGCAACUACUCGGCAAAGAACCGUUGCCGAUUUUCUAGACUCGAUUUGGCUUCUGUAGGUACGACUAAAUGAGAGCCUUUGACCUCACCCUUAAAUUUCAUCAAUCCCGCGUGCGUACAGCAUCAUGGUGGUGCUGGCGAUUUCCAAGUUUUUCUAUUUCAAGUUAAAG